AUGGCAGCCCUGUCGAAAUGGCCAACGACGUGCUACUCGAACACGCUGAUGGGGAUGGACCUCAUCAUAUAUAGGGCUGAGGCUAGUACCAGCGCCAGUCGACUCACCACCGUGCCAGACCGGGCAUCAUUGUGCUUUCGAGACACCAAGAUCGUCGCAGCGAAUCUCCGGCCAGAGGCACGCCUCACGCGCACUGCUACAUACUUCCGGGCCAACGCGCACUUCUGGAGUACAAGCUGGUGUCCUUGA